GGCACGGGGAAUUUGCUCCCCUCCUUCCAACAAGAGCAUCCCUGGAGCUGCAGAGGGACGGUCUGGAUCCGUCUGCCAGGAAAUGGGAAAUGAGCCCGUUCUGGGGGGAAUCCCCACAAAGGGGUCUCGCGGUGCUGUUCUGUGGUGCCACAUUUGGGGACAGGGAGGCACCGGGCACCGGCACGGGGAGGACGAUGCCAUCAGCGAGGUCACGGUCCCCCCUGGGAGCGGUGGCCAGGCCGACGUCAUUGUCACCGAGCCCUUCAAAUAGCGGUGCCUGCCCUGCCGGCCACUGCCACCGCCGCCACUGCCACCACUGCCACCGGCACUGCCACCUCCCGCCCGGCCAGCCAUGGCACCCCGCGGGUCGCUGCUGCUGCUGGCGCUGCUGCUGCUGAGCUGCGCCCUGCCCCGCGCCCGCGGCCAGCACUGGUCCCACGGCUGGUACCCGGGGGGCAAGCGGGACCUGCGGACCCCCAGCGACCCCCAGGUCCCGUCCCCUCUCGGGCGCUGCCGUCCCCUCCCGUGUCCCCCCCGGCGGGAGGAGCCGCUGCCGCCGCCCGCGCUGCGCCCCUGACCGGAGCCAGCGACCCCCGCGGGACCGAGCCGGGACCCCGCGGGGAAUAAAGGGGCCGGGGGGAUUCGUGCAUUCUGGUGAUGGAGGGGCUCGCCUGGGGCUGGGACGGUGGGAGGGGGUGGCACCUGUGCCACAGUGGUGUCCCUGGGGGCGGGCGGGGUCCGUGUCCCCAGAGGGAUGGCGUGUCCCGUGAGGGGCGGGGGUCGCGGUCUUGGGGACACAGCUCGGGAAUUCGCGUCCCGUGAGGGGCGGGGGCCGAGUUUGGGUUCCCCGUUCCUUAGGGAUCCGCCUCCGUGUCCGGCGGGGCGGGGGGGGGUCUGUGUCCCUGUCCCUGUCCCCGUCCCGUGGCCUUGUCCCUGUCACACGGGUGUCCCGGUCCCGUGCAGGGUGUCCCGUGUAGGGUGUCCCUGCCUCAGGGGUGUCCCUGUCCCCUGGUUAUCCCUGUCCCGUGCAGGGUGUCCUUGCCCCACGAAUGUCGGUGUCCCCUGGCUGUCCCUGUCCCGUGUGGAGCAUCCCUGUUCCCGCCGGUGUCCGUGUGUCCCGCAGGUGUCCGUGUCCCAUGCAGGGUGUCCCGUGUAGGGUGUCCCUGCCUCAGGGGUGUCCCUGUCCCCUGACUGUCCCUGCCCCAUGUAGGGUGUCCCUGCCCCACGGGUGUCCCUGCCCCGGGGACGUCCGAGUCCCCGGGCAGUC